CGCCUGUGACGUAGAAAGCUACCACUAUUCAGCGAGAGAAGAAGAGUAACAAAAGCAGCCACAGCUCUUCUGAGGCAGAAACAACACCUCAUCAUAUCUUGCCUCCUGGUUCAUUAAAGCUGUAAUUUAGAAACAUGUGACUGGAACCAGAGAGAGUUUGGCGGUCUGGAGGCUUGUGUGGAGCAGCAGCUUGUCAGAGACAUCUCUGUUAUUGUUUUCAGACCUGUUUUCGUUGGUGAAUCCUGCAGCUAAGCUAGCUGUGAGGCUCUGAGGCUAUCUCUGAGACUAGCUCCCCUCAGGUUUGUUUGUCUGACAGACUGUCUGACCCAGAGAUAAUCAGCCGGUGUUUACCGUCCACAUUAACCCUACACCUCUCCCUCAGCCUGCCCGGUGCUGAUCGUCAGUGUAGAGAUGGGAAGUCUGGGCAGCAGGUUCCAGUCGCCCUCUCAGGAACCAGAGGAGGUUGCAGAGGGCACAAGUACCAGUCACAAGCAUGGAUGUGAGUGUAAGAAGAGGAAACGAAAUGCCCAGUGUGACUGUGACAGUGAACAAGAGGAGGACGACAGCAUACUAGAUACACCUCGCAGGAAGAAAUUGAAAAGCACAUCACGAUACAUUUAUCAGACUUUGUUCCUGAAUGGGGAAAACAGUGACAUCCGCAUCAGUGCUCUGGGACAGGAGUGGAACCUCCACAAAGUGUACCUGUGCCAGUCAGGAUAUUUCUCCAGCAUGUUCAGCGGCUCUUGGAAGGAGUCCAACAUGAUGGAAAUCAACUUAGAGAUCCCCGACCAGAACAUCGACACUGAAGCUCUACAAGUCGUGUUUGGAUCCCUGUACCGGGAUGAUGUUCUGAUCAAGCCCAGCAGAGUUGUCAGUAUUCUUGCAGCUGCUUGUAUGCUACAGCUGGACGGCUUGAUCCAGCAGUGCGGAGAGACCAUGAAGGAAAACAUCAGUGCGAAGACCGUGUGCGGCUACUAUGCUUGUGCCAGCAUCUAUGGCCUGGAUUUAGUCAUGAAAAAGUGUCUUGAGUGGCUUCUGAACAACCUGAUGACCCACCAAAAUGUUGACUUGAUGAAGGAACUUGGGGCAGAUAUGAUGGAGCAGCUCAUCCAGUCCUCAGACCUGUUUGUCAUGCAGGUGGAGAUGGAUGUAUACACUGCUCUAAAAAAGUGGAUGUUUCUGCAGAUCAAUCCGUCAUGGGACGGCCCGAUCAAGCAGCUUCUGGCUGACGCCGAUGCCUGGCUUUGCAAACGCAGGACAGACCUGUGUGAGAAAGAGCCCUUCUUGAUCACAGAGGAGGGCGAACCUUUUCGUUCAGUGUUCAAAUACGUUCGUCUCCAGUACAUCAUCAACGAUCUCGCAUCUGCACGCAUCCUGGAGAGAGACAAUAUUUUGCCCCCUGAAUGGUUAACGUCGGUGUACAAAAACCAGUGGUUCGCUAUGCUCCGGACAGAAUUUGACAAUGAUAAUGGUCCCCAGGAAGCUAACAAAGAUGAAUUUGAGCUGAGCAGCAUGAGGUGCGGCAGGAAACUGACUAAAGAUGGAGAUUACUGCUGGCGGUGGACAGGCUUCAACUUUGGUUUUGACCUGCUGGUGACCUACACAAACCGUUUCAUAGUCUUCAAAAGAAAUACUCUGAGUCAGCCAUGUGGGGGCGCCGUGAGUCUGCAACCUCGAAGGCAUCUGGCAUUCAGGCUACGUCUUGCCUCCUUCGAUAGCCGUGGAAAGCUGGUUUGCAGUCGCUCAACAGGUUACCAGCUUCUCACCCUUGAGAAAGACCAGGAGUAUGUGGUGAUGAACCUGGACAGCCGGUUGUUAACAUUCCCCCUCUACGUGUGCUGUAACUUCCUGUAUACGUCGCCUCACUCGGACCACCGUCCAGACUCCUCAGAACAAGAAAGCACUGCUCGCUGCGUGUCUUGAUGCCCGUUCAGCAGCCAUUAACUGCUCCUUUCACUCUGGUAAAGCUGAGACACUGACACAAGCUUGUACGUACAAUCCACCGCCACAUUUAACAUCACUUCGACAUUGGACAUACCAUCAGCAUGCUAUGUAACACAGUGAGGUGUUUCGCAAAAAUGUUUUGUAUCUGUGUAUUCAGUGUUUUGGCACAUUGGGGGUCAGCUACGCAUAAAUAGGAUUUACGGUGUGGCAGAGGCAGUGGCCAGGAGGGAUUCGGCCACCUUUGACUUCAGAGCAGCUUCAAACUUUGGACCUCUGCCAUGAACUGUCUACACUGGGAUGUUGGACUAUUUCCCAAGAUGGAAACCCCCCCGAGUUACUUCUAUCAACCACCAGGAAUUUGUUUAUCAUCCUGGAAUAUGGGAACAUCAUCAGGGAACAGCUUCAGAGGGUGAAACUGGACCUUUACUGACUUGUAUGGGAAGUUUCAAGUCUGUUGCUCGUUUUGACCAUUAUGUAAACUGACUGUGGGAUUUGGUCAGAGAUGUGUCCCUUCCAUCCUGAUGGGUGCGCUCAAAAACUCACCUGUUUGUUUGCACUGACUUGAAUCAACUGCUCUGUGCAUUGCAGCAAGCACGCAAAACACCACGUAUACCAACGGUGUCAUUAAACAAACUUGGCACACAUUUCACAUGACUUGUUUUGGCUGAAUCCAAAUGGGAAAGAUGCUGUACAAUCUCUGCCAACACUUAAAAGGUGCAAAAAGAGUAAAUUAAAUCUUGACACAGCAUCUCUACCACUCGUAAGACGUAACGUAAGCAACCUUCCACGCCUGUGCCGCUAUGUGAAAAGUUGUACGGUCAAAUGUAGCGCAGCUGAUGACGACAUUCAACAGACAUCCCUUUUUGAAUUGUGAAAACUAACUGAUAUAUGCAGUAAAAGCAGGAGUUUCAGCCUGUGUUUUUAUCACUCUUUAAUCCCUUGAGGUCCAUCUCACUCAGUCUUAAAUUGGACAUGUCUCUGUGCGAUUCUACACCAGAGUAGCUUCUGUUAAGGCUUUCGGAUUGGAAAGUCCACCACCCCCUCUCCCAGAUUACACCCAGUAUCAAGUAUCCUUUGUACUUUGUAAAUAACAUUUAAGGCAGUAUUCACAUUAUAAAACAAGUGAUAAAAGUAAAGUCACAAAGCCCAAGUAACCAUGAUGUUACAUACCUAAAUGUAAACCUGCAUCGUGAGGUAAAAAAAAUCCAUAUAAACCCAAUAAUCCUUUUUUUUUUUAGCCUUCAGGAGUUUUUGUUCAUUGGCCUGAUUUACACUAUUUACACUUGGAUGUACGAUCAUUGACACCAGCGUUCUGAUGUUGACAGCAUAACAGAAAUGUUGACAGACUUCAGAUUUUGAGACUGUCUGCAGUGUUUACCAGCUACGCUGUCAAAUGUCCAUUUACUGCUGUUACUGGAGCCCACUGCUCCUCUUUUACUUCCUUGUGUGACACAUUUGGGCAGGCUAUUUAGACUGCUCCCAUCACCACACGAAAUACCUUUGCAGUUACGUCGUUGUACACUUUUGUGCUAUUGAUUUGGUCACUAUUUGUUUGGCAAUUUUGGCAAUCAGUUACCUCAUGCUGUUUUGAAAAUCUGUAAAGCGAACAUGUACUGCUAACUAAUUCUAGUCAGUAUGGCUCACCUGUAUAGCUGCAACUGUAACUGGCAUGAAGUUUUAAGGUGUUUUUGUUCAGUUUUUAUUUAUUUUUUUCACUUCAUUUGUAUUUGUAUGGAUUUAUUUUUUGCAAAAGAAAAUACAAUUCUCGACAGCCAAUAAAACUGCCCAUUCACAUGGGCUGUGGUGCUAUCACAUGA